AUGUCAUCGUUCGAAAAGUCACCUCUGGACUCUACUGGAGAUAUAUGGCUACAGCAUAAGCAUACAAUCGAGCGUCUUUACGCAGUCGAAAAUAAAACUGCCGAAGAAGUGAUGGAAAUUAUGGAGAGAGAAUUCGGAUGUCCACGCAUCACUAAAAAAGCUUUCCAAAAAAUCAUCCGGAAUAAGCUCAAAUUAAGCAAAAGGCUCAAGAAAGGCGACUGGCCGAGAAUAUACCGAAAUUAUCUUAUUCACAGAAAAGAUAUACCAACCGUGGUCUAUCAUAAGAAUAGAAAGAUUAUAUGGAAGGACGUGAUAAAGGAGACUAAAAGGUCAGGGCCUUUGCCGGAUACAGGUCAAGAUGGCGAUGCCACGCUCCCGAUGGAUGUUGUUCUGAGGACACCAUCACCAACCGGAUCUCGGAUGUCCCAUUCUCCAGCAACAGAUCCUCGACAAUCAACGGGUUCCUCAUCCCAGCCCUCAACCUCUUCAUCUACAGCUCCUGUUAUAUCACCUCCUAAUAUCGAAAAUGCCCUAAAUGGAAUUCCAUGGGUCAAGUUCAACUAUAGAAUGUUUUCGACUACAACUUCUCCACACGAUAGCAACACAAACUUCCCGGUUGAUAUUGACUCUUUGAGGACUCUCAUUGACACUAGACUCGGAAUAGAUUCAUUUAGGAUCUGGAAAGCCGCAUUCCCUUCCACCAGAUUGCACUUCUUGAGCAGUAUGCCCUCAUCUUCGGUACUUACACCAGAUAUCUGUGCUUAUCACCUGCUGGCCAAAGUCGUUUAUUUAGCUUCUAAUAAUUUGCAUUGCGGCAUUUCUAGUCGAGAUCGCAAUCUAUUUACCGGAGCUAUCCAACUUCUAUCCAGUCAAAUUCCCGAAGCAAUUCUGGAUGCAUUAUUCCAAGGAGAUCUCACUGUUCUCAGGAUCAUAUGGGAACAUUUAACUGAGUGUGCCGGUAUAUCCCGCUACCACGAUACAUUCACUUCAUUGAUAAAGGCUGGACUCCAGCAUAGGAAAUGGAUUCUCCCUAAUGGGGCUUUAUACCUCUCCUUUGCCGCCUCUAUGGGUGCUCUUGAUGUCGUUCAGGAUCUACUCGACAUCGGCAUUCGUGCUGAUGAUGUUGUAAGGUUCAGAGAGUAUCCCGUUAUCGUUGAAGCCGCGGCUACCGGCAAUAUAGAAUGCGUGCAGUUGCUGCUAAGGGCGUGUGACGCAAACCGCGAGAUUAUACAUAACGCGUCGAGCUUUCAGAUACUUAUCCUCGCCUUCGUAAAGGGUGAAUUGCGCAUUCCUACAGACGGAGAUUAUCCAAACCUACCAGGCUUUCCCAAGGAAAUCAGAAGUGAGCAGCCCACUAUAGUCAGUGUUAGUCUCAAGAACGAGUCCCAACGCCUAAUACUAAAAAUGGUUUUGGAUUGUGGUGCAAAUGUCGACUUACCGUGGGUAACCGAUUUUACCAUCGAUAAUCGGGCAUACGAUCUCCCUGGGGAAUGGUGUUCCACGACCUUAGAAAAGACUUAUUACUGGGACAAAAGUCUAUUCUCUGAACUUGCUCCAUAUAGCACUGGCACCACAGGACACCUUUUUCAACCAGAUAUAUGUAUCUCGGCGUUGCGAGGCGAGGAACCCCUUCGCGAAUACGUAUACUCGCAACCAGAAAUGUCCGAUUCCGAGAUAAAACCAUCCUUGGAGUUGGUUCUCUUCCAGCAAGUCAUAAAUGAUAGAAUAUUUGAUAUAGAGGACGUGCAUAUCAACAUAGACAUUAUUCGAAGACUUCUUGAAUUAGGUGUGGAUCCAAACCUUCCUUCGUUAAAGCGUUAUAAAUCUAGAUAUCAUAGUCUAGAUAUCGACGAUCUUCUCCGACACCUAGUCUUAAAACCGGAUGUUCAUCGCCUUGGAGAGAGCUUUGAUAUAGUGUUGAGGUUAAUCCUUCAAUCAGGAGCAAGCAUAAACUCAGACGUCUUGGUGGCUGGUGUUCAGAAAGAGGGAAUCGACAUGUUAAAAGUCCUUAAACGAGUUGGCGCUGAUGUAGGAAGAUAUGGCGCUGCUGCGUUAUCUUUAGCUGCGCGGUUUGACAAUUAUGAUGCAGUUAACUGGCUGUUAGAUUCAGGAGUAAACAUCAACGCAGAAGUUACUUAUAUGGAAAUGAGUGUCAUAGCAUUAGCAAGCUAUACUACUGGCAUCUGUUGCCCGAGAUUGUGGGUCUGUCCUUGCAAACGGUGGGAGCUUUCUGGCCCAGCGAGUUGCGAAAUGUUCGGAUACUUGGUCAGCCGUGAUGCGACUUUAAGGCAUCAUCCAGACGACCCAGACGCAUUCCGAUUCUUGUACCAUCUACUCGAGAGAUACGUGGCGAAUGGCUCUCUAUUAAAUAUGAUGGGGCUAUUUCUGCCGAAAUUGGACCUGCUACCCCCUGAUAACAUCAGCAGUAGUCUAUGGGAAGCUUGUCUCUAUUCAUCAAGCCGGAAUUGCCCCAAUGAAAAGCAAGCCAAAACCCGAAGGGAAAAGAUUAAGGCACUCGAACUACUUCUCAAUCACGGUUUACUGGAUCAAGAUGACAUCGCACUGUCAAAUUUGAUUCGUCAUAGAGGACCGCCCGAGUUAAUCGAAAGGCUCCUGGAGUCUUGUAUAAAUCCCAAUGCACAAAUCGAAUAUUUCGAGCAUCGUCUUGUGGGAAGUCUUAUUCAACUUGCAGCAUAUCUUGGCGAUAAAGCUUUAGUCGAAAAGCUGCUACAAAAAGGUGCCGACAUUAACCAGCAAACGGAUCCCCUUCUUGGGAAAACGGCCCUCCGAGCCGCAUGUGAUUGGAAGGAAGUUCCCGCGGGGGAAGAAGCGAAUAGAGUCAAUCUUAUACAGUUCUUGAUCGAGGAAGGCGCAGACAUUAACACCCCUGGAAGUAUGGUGGAUGGAUUUACGGCCUUGCAGUGUGCUGUUGCCCAAGGCAAUAUGGAUGUCGUGCUUUUAUUGAUAUAUGAGGGAGCUUCCAUUAAUACUCCUGAUAGGUAUGGGAAUUGUGCGCUAGACCUGGCGGCAUAUUAUGGAAGACUUGACAUAGUUCACCUUCUCUUGAAUGUUGGAGCUCUUAGUAGUAGGCCGGGGCAAACCGGUUAUGAUGGAGCGAUCGAAACGCUAGAAGAGGAAGAACAACACCCCGAUGUGGCCAAUUUGAUACGGCGGUACGCAGAAGAACAUCCAAGAGAUGAUUGAGUUGCGGAUGAUGUUGAAUUCCAAAGGGAAUCAUCUUAACAAGAUCUUACUAUUUUCUUUUCCUCUUCAAUGACGUUGUCAAAGCGAGCCUUCGAAAUUAUAACGGGUUAGAAAACCCGAUCUCCAGUAUACCCCCUACUCGAGCUUUUCAUAACUCUCUCAAAAGAUCCUUCGA